ACAGCAAAAUAUUUUUUAUCUGUUGUGCGCUCUAUUUUUGCGUGAUGUAUUUUGUCAUUUUUUGAUCGACAAAGUUUUGGCUUUUAAGGAAAAGUGUUCAAAAAAUACUGUGUUUAGUAUUAGUGCAUGUUUUAGGUGAAAUGAAUGUGUGUUAGUGAUAAAUUGUGUUAAAAAUGGGAGAAGACCUGGGUAGGAUAAAAUCUUUGCCAUUGUCAUGUCUUCCUUUAAGAACUCGCGAACUGUUAUCAUGCCUGCUGGAUACUCCAAAAAUCAUUCCAACCGAUGGACCUGUGAAGCUGCCCAGAGACUGGAGGGGCUUGGCUGACCUGGUCAAUGUGUCAUCUGAAAGAGCCGCCUACAUCCGCCUACAACCACAAAAGACUGUAAAAGUAUUGGAAAUAUGGCAGAAAGACAGCUCAGCCACAGUUGGGCACCUGUUGCAGCAUUUGGAGCGCUUAGACCGCUUCGAUGUGUAUGAUGACUUAUGUGAUGAUCUCAAAGAUGUAAUGAGUAAGGGAGAACUCUUAGAUAAGCCACAAGUGAAUGAACAAAAUCAAAUAGCAAUAAAUAAUAACCACAUAAACAACAAUAAUCACCACAACAAUACCAGUUCCAAUGAUGAAGAGAGGGAGUUUGACCCGAUCACAUUUGAUGACGGCCCAGACUAUGAGCACCACUACGAUGCCUUUGUGCUAUAUGCUAAGGAAGAUCAGAAGUUUGUUGAUGAGCUUCUGACUAGAAUGAGUGCUGAAGGGUUUCAGCUGUGCACUGCGGACAGGCUACAGCCAGGCCACGCGACGCCAUACGCCCCUAUAACGAAGCUCAUGCUGGAGAGGUGCAAGAGAAUUAUCCUCAUCUGCUCGCCAGACUUCCUUCUCAUCAAGUCUAACAAGUACUACAGUGAAUAUGCACAGGCUGUCAGCAUCGAGUCACAUACCCACAAGAUAAUCCCGAUAAUGUACCGCGAGUGCACGUUGCCUUCGAACCUGGCGUUCUACCACCGACUGCACUACAACGAGAACGAGGAGCGCGCCAUGUACGACUUCUGGCUCAAGCUCAAACAGUCGCUGCAGUUCGCACGGGCCACGCCCAGCAGGCCACGGAUCGCUAACAAUAACAACUUAAGCGCAAGCAGACUGAACGGUACAACAAUACCACAGGUGAAGAUAGUGGAGCUCCCGCCGAGCAAUGUCAUCCCAGACUACUCGGACGACCAGCUCUUCCUCCCGAGUCCUCCGACCACGAGCCUGUCCAUGAGCUCGCUGAACGUUAAGGCCGCAGCUGACACCAACUCCUUGAGUAGCAUCAGUCAACAAAGUGUGACCAGUAACAAAAAGAAGAAAAAGUCUAAAAUCAUUCGACGCGUCCUCAAAUACUUUCGACCUUCAAAGUCCGAAGAAGCUAUAAUGGUAUAAUAUACACUGUAUGCAGUUACUUGCAUGGCCAUUAUAAAAGUGUUAUUUUUAAAUCUCAAUUUAGAAGUACACACUUACUAUAGAAAGUUGCAAACUCUUGGAAUGUCUGACAUUGUGAUAAUUGACUAUGGUCUUAUAUGCGCAUUUUCGAAAUAAGAGAAAAUAUAAAACACAAAAAAACAUAUCGUCAUAAUACUAGUAAUUAUUGUAUGUUCUAAGUUACAUAGUGUUUAGUUCUGUUAUUGUGUAGCUUGCUCAAACAUGUACUGCUUGUCCCUCAGCCACUCGGGUGUAUUUCUCAUACGUACGUACAUUUGACGUAAUCUCUCCGUGCAUUUUUUCAUGUGCUAAUAACAAUCACAACCUACUUUUAAGAUUUACCGCCGUACUCAGAGUAAAUUUAUGGUAACUUAACCCAGUCCUUAGCAAUUGUUUUCGGAACAAAACCGUUGCUAAAGAUUAGUUUAAGUAAUGAUAAAAUGUCUCUGUGUACGGCAGUUAUUCAUAUUUCUUUCUCAUGUUGCCUCAUCUUCUCAAUUUUACUACUAUAACCCUGGCUAGAAAUAAGUUGUAAGAAUAAAAUCAUGUUAUAAUAUAAAGACGAGAUAUUUUAGAUUAAUGUUAAAAGAGAAACAUAUUUUGUAAAGUUGUUAUUAAAUGGAGUAUUUUAGAUAUUUCAUUAGAUAAAAGAAUUAUAUUAGAUAUGCAACGUAGUUAUAUUGAUAACUUGUAUGCGGAGUUGCGGAUUAUUUUCGAUAUAAUUCGAGCACAGCCGUGCGUCGCGAUAUGUAUACUGUCUAGCUGAGCAGAACAGGUAUCAUUAUCAAUUCUGUUCGCCUUCAUAAUUACUUGAUUGUAUUAUAUUAUCUAUGAAGGAUAUCUUCUAAUCUGGUUUUAAAAGAAUCGCGGUUAAAAUUCUCGUCAAGGUUCAAUAUAAACUGAGUUGUCUGCACAAAAUGAAAUUUAUAUUUAGGCUGCCGUUAAACGGACCAAAAUUGUAUUUUUUUAUAAAUAUACAAGUGUUCACCUUUUGUAAAUUUUAUUGAUGAAAUAUUUUUCAAGUUAUUUGUAAAUAUAUUAAUUGAUACGUUAGUUACAA